GGAGAAUACGUGGGCAGAAAGCAUUUCUAGACACCGAACCGUUGUGCAGACUUAGUGCACUUGUCAGCAGUGACACAAGCACGGACUCAGGCCACAACGUCAACGUAAGACGUACCAACGCAACGCGCCGGCGGUAUUUUGCAAACACUCAGCUCUGUCUGGAUUUGUGAGAAUCAUGACCAAGGAACGCAUCAAUUGUCCAUCGGGGGUAGGUCCCUCCGACAUCGCCGCUGCAAUCAGCAAGGGAGUGUCUGAUCGAGACCGGCUGCUUCUGCAGUACGCCAUCGACAAGCUACUGAACCACGCCUCUUGGGUCUGGAACGACUGCGAGCUCACAGUCAUCGGAGACGGCGGGAAGGAGUGGGUCUUCUACUGCGGCAGCCCCAGCAAUCGGUUCGUGGUGUACCAUGACGGGGGCGACAACCAGUCCAGCAAAUGGCAGAGCCAGGGAUGGAAGAUGUUCCUUCACGAGCAGGCCAGCGACAUUUGGAGCUGGGUGAAGGGGGCGGUGGAGAAAUACGUCAUCGGCAGGAUCGACGGCCUGCUUGACAACUUGGCGAUGAUGGCAAUAGGAUGGUACAAGCUGAAGUAAAGCUGUACCGUAAUCAGAAGAAAGGCUGAGCUUAGUCUUGAGUACAGUCUAAGCUUUGGCACAUACAGGAAAAUCAACCUGUUAUGUUGCGCGGCCCACGUACAUUUGUACGUGUACUUACCUUGUCUGCUUUUAGUCUUUAAUUGAGUUGUAAAUUCAGCUUUAAUUUGUUAAUUCUUGUGGACAAAGUUUAAAAUAAAAAGUAACUGUUAACUUUACAUUAACUGGAUUGUUGAGGGUAAGGUUUAAGUAAAUAUAUAUUCCUACUUUGUGAUUCAUUCAUACUAAACCUGAUAUCGAAUGCGAGUUUUCGGUCUGAUGUUAGUUUUGAAAUAUGAUCUGUUAGGUCGUUGCCCACUUACCUACAACCACUUACCAGUAUCUGAAACGAUUCCAACACAAUAUCUAAACCUUCAUUUUUUUGGAAAAAAAUUGCAAGAAAUAUGGCCAAAUCGCGCAACAGAAUCCAUGUGACUUUCCGACUAUUUUGUGACUUUUAAGCAAAAUCUUUGAAAUAUUAUAUGCGUAUACAGAACACAAUAACCUAGUAGUGCUUUUAUAUAAUCAUUAGAAUAUAACAGUUUAUA